AUGCUCGGCCUUCGCCUCCGCGCAGCCACGACCCCCGCCCGCGCCUUCACCACCUCGGCCUUCCGGUCCAAUGUCAAGGUGCCCGUCGCGCUCAUUGCGCAGCUACGCAAGGCGCACCCGGUCCCGAUGGCUCAGGCUCGCGAGGCGCUCGAAAAGUCCAACCUCGACGUCGAUGCCGCCAUCGCCUACCUCACCUCUGCGUCGGGUGCGUCUGCCCAGAAGAAGGCCGACAAGGUAUCUGGCCGCGAGACGAGUGAGGGCGCCAUCGCCGUGAGCGUCCUCGGUGGACGGCGGGUUGGGAUGGUACACCUGGCGUGCGAGACCGACUUUGUCGCCCGCAACGACGUGUUCCGUAACGUUGCGAAGGGGAUUGCUGAGACGGCCGCGUUCCUCGACGUCCCCGGAACAGAGGAGGCGCCGGCUCCGGCGAAGGGGUCGGAUCCGAUCAACGUGUUUCCGGUAGACCAGCUCGUUGCUGCGCCGUUGAUCUCGCUCGUCGAGGGAGAGGCAAGUAAAGAGAGCCAGAGUAUUGCGCAGCUUGUCGUGGCGUCGGUUUCGCAGACGGGCGAAAACCUCCAGCUUCGUCGGGCUGUUAGCUUUGCCGCGCCGUUCCCGGCCCAAGCUGGCCGGCGGAUCGUUCCGGGCGCAUAUACCCAUGGAGGCGACGAGAGUACCGGCAAAAUUGGCGGGAUUGUCAUUCUCGACGUGGGCGCAACUGGCGAGACGCCGGUCGGUGUCCUGCUCCACAAAAAGCCCGAGCUGGAGGAGCAGCUCAACGCGCUCGCGAGGAACCUCGCUCGCCAGAUCGUCGGGUUCCCCACCAAGGCCCUGAGCCCGGGCGACGGCGUCGCUGAGGAGGAGGCACUGCUCACCCAACCGUUUAUGAUGGGCGGGAGCGACAAGCCGGUCGCUGAGGCCGUCAAGGCCUGGGGCGAGGAGCGCGGGCUCGAGGUCGAGAUCAUGGCACUCCGCCGCUGGAGUACCUCGGACGAGCUCUAG